UGACAAAAAUCCUGCCUCAACCACUGCCUAUAGUUGAAGCGUACCGUUGACAUAAAAGGAUAUCAUUAAGACUUCCAUUCAUUUUGUUCCGUUUUAGAUGAGUUUAAGUUUCAUAAUUGGCUCUUUUGAGGAGCUAUUACUAUGAUGUUACCUUUGAUCUCUAAGUAGGGAAGCAUGAACUCGAAGUAGAACAAUUAACAAUGAAGCAAUACAAAGUGCCUCACUAGAUUUUAGAGAAGGAUGUCCUCCAGCUGCUAAAUGAGAAAAGCUGCUGUUUAUAUCUGAUAUGAAGUUAAUUCUCUGUUUUACCUUCAGGGCUUUUAAUGAAGGCUUCUUAUUCAAACACUUCAUAUGAUGCUACAAGAUCAGUAAGCGAAAAGAAUUUCUUAGUGGACACUUUCUCUUAUCAGAUAAAUGGCACAAACCAUACAAGUUUGUAUUUUAGAGAUAAAUGGCUACUUGAUGCCACUGAUGAUGAAUAUGGAGGAGUAAUUAUCAAUCCUGAAAGACUACUAUCCAAUCCCGACAAAUUUUCCUUUGUGCGUCGUGCAUCUCUCUCUUAUUGGAAAGUGAAGGGGAAGAAGGGAGUUUGGCUUAAGCUACCACUGGAAAGAUGUGAUCUAGUUCCUAUUGCAGUAAAGGAAGGAUUUCUGUGUCAUCAUGCGGAAAGAGGAUAUGUCAUGAUGACUUAUUGGAUACCAGAUGAACCCUGCAUGCUUCCUUCUAAUGCAUCUCAUCAUGUUGGAGUAGGAGGUUUUGUGAUCAAUGACAAAAAUGAGGUGCUCGUCGUGCAAAGAAAACAUUCUGUGCCGGCUUUUUCAGGCUUAUGGAAAAUACUGAUUCUUGAGGUAUAGGAGAUAUUUACAGGAGGUGUGAGAGAAGUGAAGGAGGAAACUGGGGUAAGAAAUUCACACUUAACAUAUCACAUACCUAAACUAGCAAUCCAUAACGAGCAAUCGUUAUAUAAUUGAUGGUUAUUUCUUAUUAUUUUUCCAGAUUGAUACUGAAUUCAAGUAACAAUAUUUCCUCUUCAAAGGGCCAUAAGUUUGUGAUGAUGUACAGUGACUAUUUGGUUCCGUUUUAUUAUCAAUUUUAUAGAAACAUGAAAUGCUGAUACAAUAAGUAUCCGAGCAAAACUUUGCUCAGACACAGAGAAUGUAGAAGUACUACUUGCUAGACUUCAAUUUUAGGAUACCUCUUGCGUUCUGAUGUAACAAAUUGAUUAAAUUUAUCGAUGUCCUUCAGGCA